AUGGCGCGCCACAAAAUAGUGCAGAAACCUCAGUCACCCAACGAGCUUGCUCCUCCGAUUGUCAGAAGUAUUCUUUGUCGACCACUGAGCGACAUCCUGAGCGAUGAGGUGAGCGUUCCAGUGAGAGACAUGCACAGCUGGGUACAUCGAUCUUGCGCCGAUCGCAUGGAAGAAGCCAGGAAGAAAGGGAAGAUCACGCGCCCGAUGAAUGCAUUCAUGCUCUACCGGUUUGCCUACAAUGGGCUUGUCAAGGAAUAUUUGCGGCAAAGCAACCACCGCAACGACGGCAAGGCCAUCUCUAAGGCUAUUGGUCUAGGGUGGCGGAAUGAAAGUACGAUCAUCCGUUGCAUCUUCCAAGACCUGGCAAACACUGAGCGACAUCAGCACUCUACAAUACACGCCAGCAUCGGCGAUCCCGCCAACAAGACGCUCCAACUGCCCAUAAAGCGGACAUCACCGUCCCCAAUCACUCCAGAUACUGAAAGACGCAGUGGCUUUGCAUCCGGUCAAAGCAGCCCAAGCAAUAUCGUGGACACCAUUUCGCUAGUUCUUGAACAACCAGAACCGCAUUUGGCGCAAUCUGGUGGCCUACAGUGGCCUGCGGUAACUGAAAUAAUUACGCAUAGCUCGCCGGUGGCGUCGGAAAAUACCUCUGACCCUUGGCUGGGUAAUAUUCCGUACGAGUAUGGCGACUUGGAAAGUGGCGGCGGUCAAGACAAUGUCUCAAACAAGCUUUGGCUUGAGUUGCAUGAGGAACCAAAGUGCAUGGGUUAUAUUGAUCCUGGGCUCCUGCUCCGGUAG